AUGACUGGCAAGGGUAAGAAGGUACAGCGCUCGGAUGUUGAGACACCGUUGUCCCCACCAUCCAAAAAUAAAAGGAGAAAAACUUCUGCUACAGCCGAUGCUGGUGGACCAUCAUCAUCACCCUCAACAAGUAAAGUGAAAAAGACUUAUGCUAAAGUUGUGACAUGCAAACGUCGAGGAGAGAAACAACUUCAGGAAACUGAACCUCCUCCAAAGUUCCCAUCUCUAAAUACACGCACCACCCCAGCAUCGUUCCAUGAUAGUCUGCGCAAGUUGAACGAUGCACAAAAGCAAGCUGUGAUCGAUAUCGGAUUUGGUAGUAUACUGAACUUGAAAGUGAAGAAGUUACCAGCCAGGCUUGCAUUUUGGAUUCUCGAAAACUUUGAUGAGAGGAGUUGUGAGUUGGAGCUUGCUGGGGGUAUCAAGGUACAGAUAACAGAGGAUGAUGUAUACAGGGUUUAUGGUUUUCCCAAGGGCAGUGAGAUUAUACCAAACUUCGAACGCACAUCGAACAAUGCUAUGUGCCUGGAGUGGUCAUUGUUCUUCGGGUUUGCAUCGCGUGAGAAGAUAAAGAUUGGGGCGGUAUUGAGUGAGAUGCUAAACUGUUCGACUGGGGGGUCAUGGUUUAAGCGCCACUUCAUGAUAGCAAUGGCUCAUUCUUUGAUCGAGAGUUGUACUAGUGGGACAGUUCACCCAUAUAUUUUGAGGUGUUUGGAGAACGUAACUACGCUAAGGAAUUGGAAUUGGGGAGAGUAUGUUCUAAGGAGUCUCAUAGACCAUAAGAAAUCAUGGAUUGGUGAUGAAGAUAAAGUCUUUGCUGGGCCAAGUUUAUUCAUAGUGCUCUUCUAUGUUGACAGGUGCCAAAUACACCGGACAGAUUGUAACACCCCGAUUUUUCCUAAUAGGAUUUCCCGAUAA